AUGGGCCAGCACUGGCGUACGAUACGAAAGCUUACACGCAUGACGCCUUAUUGUUACUAUAUAAUCAGUAGUCGUGGCCUCCACUAUGGGAAACGCAACGAAGAAAAGGCGGUUGCAGGACAUGUGAAGCUUUUAGCUCUGCUGAAGGAGCUUAUAGAUCUUACCACACGUGGUAGGCGUCGCUGGUUGCUAGGCAUCGCAUGA